CAUUAACGAGUCCGGGUGACUAGGGUAUUUGAGGGUGCGCUGGUGCAGGAGCCAUUCAUAUACGGAAACUAAUGUUCAUCUUCUUGUUUUGUUCUCACUCUUCAUGUGGUUUUCGUUAUUUAGUCUAAUCUUGUCAAGAAGGACAGAUGUACCCAGCUUAAGCAGGUAGAUUCGGUACCUAUAUUUCAAACGAAACGGUCUACAUGUGUCGGCAGGACGUGAAGUGAACCGACCCACCUCUCUCUCUCCACACCCACGCACGCACGCUCCCUAGCUCGCCAUGUCGAAGCGAAACAAGUACGGCUUGACGCUGCCGUGUGUCGACGGCUCGAGCAGCCCAGCAGCCAACAACGGCAUCAACGUGGACGCCCUCGCCCGCAAGGUCGCUGACAUGGACAUCAGCGAGUGCGAGCGCAAGCGCAUGGACCAGUUCUUCCUCCAGAAGAAGCAGGUUGGCGACCUGAAGGCGGACGACCUUGAAGGUCUCGGGGAGCUUGGUGCGGGGAACGGUGGCGUGGUGACUCGCGUCCGCCACAAGCGCACGGGUCUCAUCAUGGCCCGCAAGCUCAUCCACCUCGAGGUGAAGCCGGCGAUCCGCAACCAGAUCUUCCGCGAGCUGAAGGUGCUUCACGAGUGCAACUCUCCGCACAUCGUCGGCUUCUACGCGGCCUUCUACAGCGACGGCGAAAUCAGCAUCUGCAUGGAGUACAUGGACGGCGGCUCGCUCGACCUCGUGCUGAAGAAAGCCGGGCGGAUCCCCGAGCCGAUCCUCGGGAAGGUGACGGUGGCGGUGCUGAAGGGUCUCACGUACCUCCGCGAGAAACACCAGAUCAUGCACCGCGACGUGAAGCCCAGCAACGUGCUCGUCAACUCCCGCGGCGAGAUCAAGAUCUGCGACUUCGGCGUCAGCGGUCAGCUCAUCGACUCGAUGGCCAACUCGUUUGUCGGCACGCGGUCGUACAUGUCGCCCGAGCGGCUGCAGGGAACCCACUACUCCGUGCAGUCCGACAUCUGGAGCAUCGGUCUCGCGCUCGUCGAGAUGGCCAUCGGCCGCUACCCGAUCCCGCCGCCCGACCCCAAGGACAUGCGCAAGAUGUUCGGCGAUCGCGUGAAGAUGGAGGUGGCGCCGGCGGCGGCGCAGCAGUCGAAGCGUCCCCUCAGCAGCAUGGGCGGCAGCUUCAACAUGCCCGUGAACGAGGGACCGCGGCCGAUGGCCAUCUUCGAGCUUCUCGACUACAUCGUCAACGAGCCGCCGCCGAUGCUGCCGGGCGGCGUGUUCUCCUCCGAGUUCGAGGACUUUGUCAACAAGUGCUUGAGGAAGGAUCCGAAGGAGCGGUCCGACCUGAAGACGCUCAUCUCGCACCACUUCAUCGAGAAGUCGGAGGCUGAGGACGUGGACCUCGCCGGCUGGGUGUGUAAGACGAUGGGCCUCAAGCAGCAGAUGCGUACGAGUCACCCGACCAACUGAGGCCGCCGCCGCCGCCGCGAGCGCCCUAGCCUUCCCCCGGACGCACCGCGCCGUUACGAUACCGUACACCUCCGUUAUUCUGAUAAUGUACGUCCGUAGGUAUGAAGGAGGCUUCGUUCGUGCACGCGCGUCCGUCUCUGUUACGUUGGGAGGUGCGCGGCGACGGAAACUUGCGAGAGCGACAGUCGUGCUAAUUUCUCUCUCCGAUUUCCUUCUAUUUACGAUCGGAGUUUUUUCCACUUUCCUCUAUUCUUCGACUUCUGUGUAUCUGUCAGUAGCAUGACCCGUAUGUGCGCCAACUCUCGCUAUAUAGUAGGCUUCAAGCUGAUGGAGGCGCCAACUAUGUCACGAACGAUGGUUUCCGUGUGUGUGCAUCCUGAUCACUGUCACCCUUCGGAUGUGACACAGUUGUGGGCGAAAUUAAUGUCGGUAUAAUUAUUUAUAAUAAGUUAAUUUUAUUUUCAUAACACACUAAUAUUUUGAUCGGCAGUUACUAUUACCAUCAGCAGUCAGUAAGCAUUGCAUCGCUUUCAUUUAAGUGCAGUUGCUUGGCAUGUUUCAGCUCAAAUAUAUUCUGAAGAUGUAAAAUUAUGACGAAUCGUAAGUUGUCACUGAAAUGAAUAGUGAAGAAGAGAGGAUGCUAAAUGAAACAUAACUAUGUGUAAAUGAAUAAAACUCGGUAGUCUGUACAGAAUUUCAGCUCCUGUGUGCAUAUGCUACAAGAACAGUUCAGUUGUCUUCCUUAAUAAGCAGAAUAAACUGGCAUACAGGACAUGUUGUUUUGUG